AUGUCAGGAGUAAGUGCGGUGAGCUCGGCGUUGCCAGCGUCUACAACCCGUACCACCUCCUUCAAGGGCUCCUGCCCCAGCUCGAAGUAUGUGAAGCUGAAUGUGGGCGGGGCGCUCUACUACACCACCAUGCAGACCCUCACCAAGCAGGACACCAUGCUCAAGGCCAUGUUCAGUGGCAGGAUGGAGGUCCUCACAGACAGCGAAGGCAAAGAUAUUUAUAACUAAACCAAGAUAGUUCAUCUGUGUCGUUUUGGGCACAGCCAAGCACGAGUUAGCGAGAUCCUAGUGGCGCAUUCUAGCAUGUGUUUGCAUAUUUCCAUUAGGGAACACCUUCUCUGUGAAGUGCGCAUGUGCAAUAACUCAAUUUGUCCUUGCACUUCUUGUUAACAACGCAAUUUGAAAAUGUAAGCUUUGGCAAAGGGGCCACAUCUACAAAACGUAGUUCACUCUGUUCGUAACAGAUUCUAGUUUUGGGAACUGAAAACUGUAUUGAGAUCGGGCUUUUCUUAGAUGAGAAAAUCAGCAGAAUGUCGGCCCAGUUCCAUCUCGCUCCAUACUCUCCCACCGCCGGCCACUGGGCUUCCUCUCCUCACCAUAUUUGAUGGGGAGUGGAAAUUUCAACGGGAUGUUUCAGAUUUAUACAGCUCCUUGUUCUAUCUGUGGAGAAGGCAUUGAUGAUGACAUGGGUUGACUGCAGCCAGGGUUUCCCAAACCUUUUGUCCACUGCAAAGUCUUGAGUCCUGUAAAGUCCAUGCUCCAUGCUCCCCUUGCAUGCCUCCCAUCUGAUAGCUCCCCUUGCAUGCCUCCCAUCUGAUAUGGCUCUAAAUGAAGAUACACACACAGUCUACUAUCUCCACUGUGUUGUCUCUGCCACUUCUCAAUGUAAUGAAUCCUGACCUCUCCUGCAGGUUGGAUCCUUAUUGACAGGUGUGGAAAGCACUUUGGGACCAUUCUGAACUACCUGCGUGAUGGUUCUGUACCUCUGCCUGAAAUCCGGAGAGAGGUGGAAGAGCUCCUGGCAGAGGCCAAGUACUACCUGGUGCAGGGGCUAGCUGACGAGUGCCACGCUGCCUUGGAGGUAUUGUGUCAGUGGAGGCUGGUGAGAAGAGCUAUAGGAGGACAGGCUCAUUAUAAUGGCUGGAAUGGAAUAAAUGGACGGUAUCAAACAUAUGGAAACCACAUGUUUGACUCCAUUCCAUUGAUUCCAUUCCAGCCAUUACAAUGAGCCUGUCCUCCUAUAGCUCCUCCCACCAACCUCCACUGUAUUGUGUAUUACCUUAACACACUGUAAACACUUACCUGUAAUCAAUCUCUAUCUUGGUGUCUCUCUUUCUCUGCAUGCUGGUAUGGCCACUGUACUCAUUGAAUUAUUUGGGUCCUGUUUCCUCCAUGCUUUCAGAACAAAGAUAUGUAUGAGCCCUUCUGUAAAGUGCCCUUGGUCACAUCCUCAAAGGAAGAACAGAGACUCAUCUCUACCUCCAAGGUAAAAAAUAAUAUUUCACAAUUGACAUGUGACAUACAUGUUUCUCAACCCUGACUACCUCUGUUCUUUUUUUAUUUUGGAUUACAGCCCACAGUCAAGCUGUUAUACAACAGGAGCAACAACAAGUACUCUUACACCAGGUAGGCUAAACAUUACAUAUGAUUGUGGUAAAAUACUUAUAAUGAGCUUAUACUGUAUUUCUUACAUGUAUGUGUGAAUUGGAUUGUAUCAUGGAUAGACUGAUGUACAUAGCGAUUUGAACAGAUUGACAACUAGACAUAAACAUCUGGUGUCAUUACCUUUUCACAGCAACUCAGAUGACAACAUGUUGAAGAACAUUGAGCUGUUUGACAAGCUCUCUCUGCGGUUCAACGGCCGUGUGCUCUUCAUCAAGGAUGUGAUUGGGGAUGAGAUCUGCUGCUGGUCAUUCUAUGGGCAGGGCCGUAAGAUCGCUGAGGUGUGCUGCACCUCCAUAGUCUAUGCCACAGAGAAGAAGCAAACCAAGGUAUGCAGUUUCCCACAGCACGACCACAGAAAAGGAAGAUAUUAAUGUUUCUUGCUUUGACCAAAUCAUAGACUAGCCUGGUUGUCAGUGAGUAGUCUUGUCUUUGUACCUAGAGCAGUGGUCUAAACAGUAUUCUCUUUCCUCAGGUGGAGUUCCCAGAGGCUCGUAUCUAUGAGGAGACGCUUAACAUCCUGCUGUAUGAGUCUCAGGACGGGCGUGGUCCAGACAACGCUCUACUGGAGGCUACAGGGGGCGCUGCAGGCCGAUCCCACCAUCUGGACGAGGACGAGGAACGGGAACGCAUCGAGAGAGUACGCCGCAUCCACAUCAAACGCCCUGAUGACCGCACCCACCACCACCAGUAA